CGUCCAGAGUCCAGACUCGCUAGCCCAGAGACCUCCAGACCAGUCAGCGAACCAAAAUGACCGAGGAAGGAAGGCACAUCGCCGGCGAGCCCAUCCGGCCGCCGCGGCUGGAGGAUGCGGGCCUGGAGGACUGCGCGCUCCCACCGGAGUCCAUCGCCAAGGCUUUCUCCCUUGCAGCGUGGGCCGUCUCCUCCCGCCUCCCCCACCUCCCCCUUUCCGAUGACGAGGACGACGUUGACCCGCUAGCGCCUCGUGGAGGCUGCGUGGAGGACGCGGGACCCACCUACGGGGUCAUUCCCGACGCCCUUGUUGGCGCGAGGGGCGGCAGUGACGGCGGCGCCGACGAGGUCGUCGUCGGGCGCGGAGACAGGGUUGUUGUGAUCGGCCAAGAGCUGGGACGGGAUGAGGGGUGUGCCGAGGGGACCAGAGGCGGAGAGCACCGGAAGGAGGAGGGUGAUGAGAUUGUGGAGAAAGCCAUCUUGGUGAAAGAUUUCGCGUGAGCUUUUCUUCUAGCUUCAUGAGAAGAUAUCUCCCUAGUAUUUGUUGUUUCUUUGACUUGUAAUGUAGAUCUUGAUUCAACGAUCAGAUGACACUAUGUUAGUCUCUUUGGUAUGGUGGAUUGGUGGCAAGCUACUUAGCAUCAACGGUAUUCGACUUAGCGCGUUGCUGAUGAAGUGAUGAUUGCUGCUGUUUUCCUGCUUGAUUUGUGCUCGAAUAGCGACAUGCUCUUGUUCAAAGUUAGUGACAAGCUAGUGGAUUUGGCAAGCUGCAAAUGCAACUGAUAUUUAUUGGCUGUCCUAAGGGUAAGGGCAAAUGAUGCAAAUGUGAUUGUGUCUGACAUAUAAUGUGUCUUAGACACUUAGUAGAGCUUGCGAACAGAUAAAUGCCACAAGAAACCACUGGAUUUGACAUGGCAUCUAAUCAUUUUAGAACAUUCAGGAACAUGCUUUACCAUUCCAGGGGAAAAGAUUUCUUGCAGAAACCUUCGUCAAUGGAUUCAUUAAGUGGGGAAAUAAUACAAGGCACCACUUAUAAGAAAAAUAAAUAGAACAGAGCAGACGUUUUGUUGAUUAUGAACAUGAUAUGUACCUUUUCAACAGGAACUGAAAUUGGAUUACAGACAAACUAACACCAUUGCAAUAUACAGUGCCACUCUAGCGAACAAAUCUAAUGAAAGCUUUUCUUAUAAAAUAGUUAGAUGUGCUAAGUUCACUAGCAGAUUAGUGUGCUGAUAUCCUGACGUAGCAGCAGAUUAUUGUGCCAAAGUGAAUGGAGGCGUUGAAAAUGAUGUUUGUGUCGAGGCUUGAGAUUAUAUAUGUAUAGCUGAGUAACUAGUAAAAUAGCUUGAAGGAUUUUCAACGUAUAACAUGGCCGAAGUCAUUUCAUCUCAUUGUUCUGCCUAUAUCUUUGCAGCCCUGCACUUAGUGUCUUUUCUGCAACAAGAUGAACUCUAUGAUUUAAUUAAUUUCUGAAAAAAAAACUAGUGAUAAAUGGUUUCAGCUAAGUCAUCUAACAAUCUCUGUAACAGAGUCUUUUUCUGACUGGUGUUUUUGAUUGGCAGUCACGCUUUCCUGGUAGGAUCACUGCAAAAAAGUCAUUAUGAUAACCUGUUUCUCAGAGUCCAACAGAUACAUUUUGAUUGGGUAAGAGAUUCACAAAAAUACUAUUCACAAUUGUUAAUAUCUCUGAAAUAUGAUCAUAUAUCAUGUGUCCCAUCUAGUCCUGUUUAUGAGGUUUAUCAGCUCUGCAUUUUGAGGUACUUGUGUGCUUCAGUGUUCCAACUGUACACAUGUGGCUCAGUGCUUCAGGUACAUCUAGUUAAUUGCUUCAUUUUGUUUGGGGAAGUAUUAAGAAUUCCUACUUUCGGAUGCUUAAUUGAUGUUUGUUGUCUAUGAGAGAAAUGAAGCCAGAUACAUCAGGUUUCAGCAUUUUCAUCUGUUUCGCUUUAAGAUCAUUGUUGCUUUAAUUGAUGAGUUUUACUCGUUUUUUGGCAUGCUAUCCAGGUAAAAAAAAUUGGCAUGCUUUUAAUUUUCUAUGACCUCUUCUCAGCCUCAUUACUGCGUGAUUACACGAGUGCCAUGUCCCCCAUUGCCAGGAGGGACUCUCUUGAGCGCUUCCUGGAGAAAAUGCCGUGAUAUGUUAUCACGAACAAAGGACAGCAGUAGGUAGCAGCUCUCCAUUUUCUUCUGGAGCAUAUUAUUAUUAUUUCCACUUGCGGAUAUUUCAGAUUAGUUUUUCUACAUGCUGUAUAUGUGUACCACAAUAUUCAGAAAUGCAUUAUGCAUGUGGCCAAGUCUUCAGAACGUGGUCUUUUACUGCUGGCCCCUUUCAUAACCAA